UCCUUUUUUCUCCACUCCCCUCUGCUGUCCCCACCCCAGAUUCCCGUGCAAUUUUCCCCAAUCCCAAACACUUAAUUGAGCAAUUGGGAUUCCUCACGUGUGGGCUGAUUUGUAGUUUGAACACGUGGCUCAUUCAAAAAAGCCGGAAUAGCAGCGGAUUUUUUUUCACCCCCUUCUUCUUCUUCUUCUUCUUCUUCUUAUUCUAGGCUCUAGACUUAGAGGCGGGCGCCAGCCUUACCGUGUGUGACAUUCUCUGUCUCUUUGCCAAGGGGUUUGGAGGAAGCCACAACGUAGUUUCUCCUCCUUUUCACCCAGCCCGCCAUCGUUUGGAGACACGAGAUUAAUAAUUGAGCAUUUAUUUAUUGCGCGAUAGAGACAGAGGGGCGAGGGAGAGCAAACGCACUGUGAGGCUGCCAGUUUAAAUCUAUCUGUGGCUUGAACGACCGGGAAGCACGCCACAGCCACUCCGUAGUAGUAAAGGCGAUUUAGGCUACUCCAAACACUGCACAUCCGUGAGAGCAAAUAACUAUCUCUCCCUCAGCGUAAAGAUUGUCCCUUUUCGGCGCAGAACAUGAAUAAGCUAUACAUUGGCAACGUGAGCGCUGAGGCGAGCGAGGAGGACUUCGAAACUAUCUUUGAGCAGUGGAAGAUUCCGCACAGUGGUCCGUUUCUUGUCAAAACUGGCUAUGCGUUUGUGGAUUGCCCGGACGAGAAAGCUGCAAUGAAGGCCAUUGAUGUACUUUCAGGUAAAGUUGAACUUCAUGGGAAACUUCUCGAAGUGGAGAUCUCGGUCCCUAAACGUCAAAGGAGCUGUAAGCUGCAGAUGAGGAACAUCCCGCCUCACAUGCAGUGGGAGGUUUUGGAUGGUAUGCUUGCUAAGUAUGGUCCAGUAGAGAGCUGUGAACAAGUAAACACUGACACAGAGACUGCAGUAGUCAACGUUCGAUAUACAGCCAGGGACCACGCCAAGCUGGCGAUGGACGAGCUGAACGGACAAAUGCUGGAAGACUAUGUCCUGAAAUUGUCGUAUAUCCCAGAUGAGAACGCUACAGCAGAGGGUCCUUCAGGGGGGGGCAGGAGAGGCUAUAACGCCCGUGGAACCCCUCGUUCCGGCUCUCCAGGUCUGGGCGCCCGGCCCAAAUUGCAAUCGGACAUCCCGCUGCGCAUCCUGGUUCCCACGCAGUUUGUAGGGGCGAUUAUCGGCAAGGAAGGUGCCACUAUCCGCAACAUCACCAAACAGACCCACUCAAAGAUUGACAUCCAUAGGAAAGAAAAUGCAGGUGCAGCAGAGAAGCCCAUCACAAUUCACUCCACCCCUGAAGGUUGUUCGAACGCUUGUACAGCCAUCAUGGAGAUCAUGCAGAAGGAAGCCCUCGACACAAAGUUCACUGAGGAGAUCGUACUGAAGAUACUUGCACACAACAACUUUGUAGGAAGGUUAAUUGGGAAGGAAGGACGCAACCUGAAGAAAAUCGAGCAGGACACGGGGACCAAGAUCACAAUCUCAAAUCUCCAGGAGAUGACCGUGUACAACCCAGAGCGGACCAUCACAAUCAAGGGCCAGAUAGACGACCUCGCAAAAGCCGAGGUGGAGGUGAUGAAGAAAGUCAGGGAAUCCUAUGAUAGUGACAUGGCCGCUAUGAACCUCCAGUCCAACCUGAUCCCAGGCUUGAAUCUGAACGCUUUGGGUUUGUUCCCUAGUGGAGCACCAGGCAUGGGUCCCUCCAUGUCCAGUGUCCCACCUCCCGGAGCCCACGGUGGAUGCUCGUCCUUUGGACAGGGACACCCGGAGUCAGAGACGGUUCACCUGUUCAUCCCUGCGCUUGCGGUGGGAGCCAUCAUCGGAAAACAGGGUCAGCACAUCAAACAGCUGUCACACUUUGCCGGAGCCUCAAUCAAGAUCGCACCUGCAGAAGGAAUGGAUGUCCAACAGAGGAUGGUCAUCAUUAUUGGACCGCCAGAAGCUCAGUUUAAGGCUCAGUGUCGCAUCUUCGGCAAGCUGAAGGAAGAGAACUUCUUUGGACCCAAGGAGGAGGUGAAGCUGGAGGCUCACAUCAAGGUUCCUUCCUUCGCUGCUGGGAGAGUCAUUGGGAAGGGUGGAAAAACGGUAAACGAGCUGCAAAACCUGACCUGUGCAGAGGUGGUGGUGCCCAGGGACCAGACGCCUGAUGAGAACGACCAGGUUAUAGUCAAGAUCAGUGGACACUUCUUUGCAUGCCAGCUGGCCCAGAGAAAGAUCCAAGAGAUCUUGGCCCAGGUGAGGAGGCAGCAGCAGCCUAAGCCCACAUCUGGAGCCCAACCUCCACAGCCCCGCAGGAAGUAAAGCUCCAGCGAACCUGGAGGAAUGGUGACUGAAUCUGCCAGAAGACUUGACAGAUAGACAGAUGCAGCAGAGUCCAGGUGGAGAAGACGAGGGGUCGUAAAAAGCUCAUCUCAGGGGUCAAAGGUUAUCAGAACAAAACCAAACAUCCAACCCCUCCUUGUCUAACUUGAUGAACUUUCAAGUGUGGCUACUAAGAGACCCUACGCCUCUGAACCUCCACCCACCUCAUCUCUCUGCAUCUCUGUGAGAAUGUACUUCUGAGGGCUCCCAACAACGUCACCUGCCCUCACAUGUACACACCCCUCGACCGCUCUCCUCCUCCCCCCACGGGUGUGUUGUUGUUUUUUUUUUUUGUCCUCUUUUUACACUAGAAACACAAAGAAGAAAUAAGGAUCCCCCUCCUAUCACCUCCUUGGUGUGGUACUUCAAACCUGACAAGAUGUUUUGGUUGACUUCAGAUUUAGUUUUUUCUUUUUUUUUUAUUAGUGUUUAUUUGGUUGAUGAAGCUUUCUCAUGAGUUCUGUGGAAAGGAAAAGGCAUUGCUAUCAAGGUCCUGGUUGGACCAACAGAGGGGUUUAUUUUGGGGGAGGGUUGGCUCAGAUUGGGUGGGCCAUGUUUAGGGGAAAGAUUCUUGUUUCAGGACAGGACCCCUGAAAGGGUGGAUUAUAUUGGGCGUCCUGCCCUUGUAAUGAUAGUGGCAUUUUAUAAAUUUGGAUGCAUUUUAUAGAUAGACCUAUAUACAUAGAUGAAUAUAUAUUUAGAGGUGAGGGCAGCGCUAUGACUGACACUUAGGGAAACGGUGCCGAACUGCUGCUGCCCAGGAAAACCAAUUUAAUAUGCAUUUUACUUAACUACCUCAGGAUCUAGUACCUCAGAAGAGAAAAGAAAAUGAUUAUAUAUAUAUGAAAAAAUGUUCCUUUUCUUUUUUUAUUUUGCUUUUGUGGUAUUUUGUAUACUUUAUAAAGCUGAUAGUCUUUGAACAUUUUUAUUUUUUUAAGAAAAUUUAAAAUUUGGUCAGCUGCCAACUGACCUUGCCUUCAACUCUGGUGCUUUAGGUGGCAUUGUUCAUGUGUAUGUGUGACUUAAGAUGAUCUUGUACAUAAAGUCUAUUUGUACAUAGCAGCCCCAGAGCAAGAGUUGGCGCCCCCUCAGCUGGCGGCUGACAGGAGUAUCGAGAGAAAAUCGCCUCAGUUUUUCCCCUGAGGGUCCACCAUCUUCUGAAAAAAGUACAAAACAACUAAGACAUGCAAAUAAUGCCAACCGUACAUAAUUGCAGCAAUGCCAUUUAGUUUUGGGAUUGACAUUAUUAUUGGUAAUGGUACUUUAAUUUGCCUUCCUAGGAGGGCUGUGGUCAGGGCAGUGCAGCGUGGGCUCAAACGGUCCUCUCUAGCUGCCCUACAGUCAGCAGAGCGUCUGUUAAUUUUUUUUGUCUGUUCUGUUCCCAGGCCAUCUGCCACCUUCUUGACGUUGGUGUCUUAGCAAGGUCCAAGCACGACUAGGUUUAUUUUCAUAGAGCAAGCUUUGUCAGUUCGGAGUGGCCCUUGUAGCCAGGCCAUCAAUGUUAACGUCGUUCACUGCAUGGUGAGGGUAGGGGGAGUCACACUGAUUGAUAGAUGCAUUUUUUUUUUUAUUUUUUUUUUGCGCUAUAGGAAAAUGAUUUAAUAAACAAAAAGACAUUCUCUGUAACCCACAAAUGUAAACUUGAUGUUUCAAUUUGUUGUUCAAACAGGGAAAAAGGAAAGGAAUCCAAAACUUAAAUAUACAAUUUAUUUCAUUAGUCUCUUCAUGCCGAAUGUAAAUAUGUUGAUUGUGGUAAAAGUGCUCGAGUGUAUCCAUGCUUCCACAGUAGAACGCCGUCUACCUCAGCUGAGGGGGUGGGGGGUUGUCGUGGCACGAGGCACCCCACCCUGCCCCCACUGAGCGCCAGCGCGCACUGAUACCUCAGUCCCCCCGAACACUUGUUUCUACAUGGGCGCGCCAUCCUAACACCGCGCUUAACUGAGGGGCACAAGUGAUACUUAAAAAUAUCCCCGACACCUCCCAAUUCCCUGCUUCCUCCUUUCUGCCAAACCACCCUCCCCAUCCCUUUCCCCUCCUCCGCAGUUUGUUUUGAUCUACCUCUUUAGACACGUAUUUGAAGUAGAGGCAUUCUUCUAUUUGUUAGGAUUUACCCCCACCCCUCCUUUAUGCCUCCCCAUGCUUCCCCAGAUAUGAAUGAAAACUUAAACUAAAAUCAUUUACUCUUUAGAAUUGAGAAUCGAAUAAUCGAAAGUGAUCAAAAAUAUUUUCUUUUGCCAGUGUUUAUAUAUACUCUUUUUGGCUUAAUUGAAAUCCUCAAAAGAUGGUUAUUUCUUUCUGCUUUCUAUUUUUGGUGGUGUGGCUUACAUGUAUUUGAACUUUUGCUUGGGUUUUUUUUUGUGAAAAAAGGUCAAAUCACGCGUUUGAUUUUGCAUUCAAUAGUUAAAACGAGAAAAUACAGUUUAAAAAAAAAAGGGCCUGCCUUUUUUGUUUCUGAUUUGUAAGACUUCAGAAUAGAUACAAGUCCUGUCUUUUUUUCCCUUUUGUCUUUCACAGAUGCUACACUCACUUGCUGAUUUGGUAGCUAUUUUUUCUUCUGUUAGCAUUUCUUGGCUGUGUAAUGUGGAACAUCCUCUUGGUAUGAGACAGAUAUGAGGGAUUGGGUCUCUGAGUUUCUUGGAAAAGCGAUCUAACUUCAGCAUGAUAUUCCCUUCUCCCCCUCUCUGCAACCAUGCUUGU